AUUCUAAAGUAUUAAUAAAACCUUUACUUUCGAAUUAUAUAACAAUAUAGAUCUCUGCGUUUUGAUUGGUCCAAACGGGUUGUAUUUAGUCAAUAAAUAACAUUCCGUGCAUGCGGAUACAUCGGAUCAAUAGGGGUUCAUGUUACAAUAUAUAUGAAUACGAGCUUAUAGGGCAGGACUGUCCAUAGCAUAACAUGGACACGACCCAUAAGGUCGUUAUUUGCGGAGCAGGAAGCGGAGCACACGUUUUGGCCGGUUUAUCAUCGCAGCGAAAGAAUAUUGAAACAAAUAUUCUGAUAAUCUACAAAGACAAAGCAGAGGAAUGGAAUAAAACAUCGGAAUAUAACCCCCUGAAAAUAACAGUCCACGACCAUAAAGGAGAUAAGAAAGAUGUUGUUUGUAACAAGAUCAACGUUUGUAAAGAUCCGGGACUCGUGAUCCCCGGAUGUGAUGUCAUUAUCUUGACCGUACCGGCGUAUGCUCACGGGGUCUACUUGGAGGCUAUAAAGGAUUAUUUACCGGAAGGUGUUACGAUAAUAGGUCUUCCUGGACAACCGGGGUUUGAAUUCGCCGUAAAACAAACCCUUGGAAAGAAUGCCGCAAGAAAGUAUACGAUUGCGUCAUUUGAGUCCCUGCCAUGGGCGUGCAGGGUUCAAGAGUUCGGACGUCACGUUAAUAUCCUGGGAACGAAGGAUAACAUGACAGGGGCCGUAUCUAAUUGCAACUCCAAAGGGGUAGAUAUACUACAAGUAAUGAUCGGGAAGUACCCUAAGCUGAAGAUAAAGGGUGAUCUUCUGGCAAUGUCGCUGAUGUCGAUAAACAGCACAUUACAUCCUUGUAUUAUGUUCGCUAAAUGGAACAAAUGGGACGAAUGCCCCCUAGAGGAACCGCCUCUGUUUUACCAAGGUAUAGACAAAAAUGCUAUACGCCUGCUUACCGAUGUCUCGAAUGAAAUACUGGGGGCUGCCAAAACCAUUCAACGUAUGGUCAAAGGUGUAGAUGUCUCAUCCCAGGUUGUGCACAUGUACAGUUGGUACCUGACGUCCUACCCUACGUGCAUCGAAGAUCCUGAUACGUUCCUAAGAGCCGUAGCAACAAAUCGCGCGUACAAGGGCCUGAUUCACCCCGUUGUUAAAACAGACGACGGAGGAUACGUCCCAGAUUUUGAUAGUCGAUAUCUUACGGAAGAUAUCCCGUAUGGCCUGGCGCCAAUCAAAGGAAUCUGCGAGAUAGCUGGCAUAUCAACUCCAAAUAUUGACCGUGUUUUGGCAUGGAAACCACCUAAACGUCAGUACGGGCGACGUCUUUACUAUGAUUACUUCUAGAUGAUGAAUACAAGGAUGACACCUUCACACGAUAUACACAAGGGAGGUAUUUUAGAUGAUGAAUACAGAAAAAACACUGAGAGGAUCACUAACACAUUAUCGUACACAAGAUGGAACACACAAAGGAUGAUUUUAAAUAAUAAUGUACAAAGGUAUACAGACGAUCAUGUCUUAUAUAUAUUCAUAUGUUCGAAUAGUGGUUAAGGGCCGUAUAAUUAUCACAGCGCGGAAGGUUCAAUGUACAAGAAAUAACAGAGUGUGUUGCACACGCGCAUGGACUACUACAUAUCUUUUAACCAUCAACGGGGACUAUUUUCAGGAAAUAGAAAAAAUACCCUAUCACCAAGGAAAUCGUUAUAUUAACGAGUUUCAUUGUUUCACGUACACCUAGCGUACUGUUCCUUUGACUAAACAUAUUUGUAAUAUGAUGCAUAUGUACAUAUACAUGUAUCUAUCCUAUGUAUACUAAAUAUAUACCAAUAUAUGAUGGUAGUAACACAAAAUAAUUUUGGUUCGAUCUAUUAGAAUCUUUCAUAAUAAACGAUGUUAUAUCAUGAUACUGCUACUUCCGGCGAAUAACACCCAG